AUGAAGAUCUUUCCGGUUCUGGCAGUGGUCGUGCUCUGCCUCGCAGCAGCACAGGCUGGUGAGAGUCGUCCACAACUGGUGCGCCUCCAUCAGGUGACGCGCUCCGAGUACAACGAGUUGCUCCGCCUUACCCAGGGCAAGGAGGUGGUCCCCGAGGGCCGGCUGCUCAGCAGCUCGAUUGCUGGCAUCAAGGGUUUGGCUGCUGGCGUCAAGGGCGGCUUUACGGUUGGCAAUAUCAUUCCGGCGUUCUUCAGCUCCGGAUCCAAGGAGGUGACCACCAACAAAGGCCGUCCCCUGUGCGUCAUCUCCACCAAUAACGCGUACGACGAUGAAGAAAACAGUCGGUCGAUCAGUGUGGCGUACGAACCGAACAGUGAUUCUGGCUCAUCUUCGGGCGGCUCCAGUGGAGGAAGUGGGCACGGAAGUGGGCACGGAAGUGGACAAGGUAGUGGGCAUGGAAGUGGGCACGGAAGUGGUAGUGACAGCGAAGAUGAGGAUGUAACCAGUGUCAAUUGCAUUAUAAUAGUCAACGGCACCGACACCACUCGGAAGCCAAGCACUGGCGGUUCUGGAAGGCCACACACACCACCGCCGUACCCUGGGGGAUACCCAUAUUAUCCCCCACCUUAUGGAUACCCCUCGCCCGGAUACUAUCCCCCUUACCCCUUUCCGCCACCCCCACCACCACCAAGCCACAAGCAUCGUUCGUUCGAUCGUUCGAUCGAAGCGCCAGAGGACGUGAGCCGCCUGAUCGAUGCCUACAACGGCUACUACUAUCAUCCCAGGGCAUUUACGCACAGCUAUCGCAAGCGCUCUCGGGCCAGCCAAGAGGGUUCCUCUGCGUACCAGCCAGCCAGCUACCCGCAGCAGGAAUACGCCUCCAACUACCCAAAGGUAGUCCGUAACUACGGCCUGACCCACCCGGCUCCCGUCUAUGUGCGGACGCCACAGUUUGACCAGGAACAGUAG